ACCGGAUCAAGAUCGGACUGUAUCCAUUCCAAACUUUGGUCCUUAUAUUUUAAAAAAGACAGGACUAGACCGGAUCAAUUAAUCGGACCGGACCGUAUAACCACCUCUAGGCCCCAGUCUCCCUUUUGAUUUAUAGGACACUAGGUUUUUGUUGCUCGGGCUCUGCGCCGGGAUGGGUGUGACAAUUAAGUUUCUACAAUUCCAUUUGCCAUGAUUGACGUAUUGAGGUACCAUGAUUGAGACGGAUGAGUGAUUCAAUAUGUAUAUGAAUUUAACAGGGGUAAAAAAUGAGCAAUGGUUAUGAAUACGAAUACGAAUUUCCUAAUUGGGCUUUACAACGUUGUUAAAAGGCAUAAACAACCAUACAAUUCAAUCAAUGUGUCCACCUAUUUUUCUUUCGGUAUGUGAACCAUUGUAGUGAGUACCAAAUAGGCUUGCUGAUCGACAACAUAAACAUACUACAAAAAAAGGAUAAUGCACAAAACCAAUGCGAGCACUACAACAAUGAAAGUCACUGAACCACUCGGCCAUUGAUGACUCGAUAUUUGCACAUGUUUUCCCUUUUGUUUCUUGAUCGUUUAAGCUUGCAUUAUCGCUUCUUUGGCAUAUUUUAUGCUAGGUUGUGUUCCUUUGUCACAUUUCAGGUCGUAGCACAUAAAGUGAAGCGUAGGCGCAAGUUUCAAGUCAAUAGGAGAUCAAUUGGCGACUCGGGGGAAGAAACUCGGGUAUGACUUGAAGAAGAAUGGAUUUCUACCUCAGUUUGUAACCAUAUAAUCAUGUAAUCUUGUCAUGAGAAGAAAGAGGACGAGACUACGAGCAUCUAGGAUCAAACGACACCUGAUUUGGAGUCCGAACGAGGGAGAAACGAAGAAUCAAAGAUAGGGGAAAAUUGGUUUCGGGCUUCUCUGAGAAACAGAAGGGGGCCCUAUCGUGACACUAAAAUCCCCGGUAGGGGAUUUUUGGCCUUGACAGGGGAUUUUCCCCUGUCUCCAGACGUUGCGUUUUCAAAAAUCCCCAGUCGUGAACCAAAAAUCCCCGAUCGUGAACCAAAAAUCCCCGGCCGUGACCUAAAAUACCCGACAGGGGAUUCUGACCGGGGAUCGCGAACGCAGGCUGUUAAAAGCCUGUUUUGUGCGUUUUUGCAAGGGAGAGCUAGGUUUUGGAUCCCAAACACCCAAGGGACGAACCAAAGAGAGAGAGGGUGAUUUGAGGGCAUUCUAAGAUUGGAAUUGGAGGAUUUCUUUGCCUUGAAAGCUCGAGGAACAAGCCCGGACUUGAAGACUGAUCAUAUGAAGAUUCUUACUGCAGUCUCUCUCUUCUCUAUGGAGUAACUUCCCUUCACUUAGGUUUUGAGGAACCCUAGCUAUGUUUUUUUUAUUGGACGAUUGUAUGAGUACUCUCACUUGAUAACCUUGAGUUCAUAUUCAAUCUAUGCAUGUUUUCAUGAUUCAAUCCUGCUUUAGUCGAGAUUAUUGAUUCUGCUUUGAUCUUAUGAGAGCGAAUACCUGAUUAGGUCAACAGAGCACCAUAGAUUGAUAGUAUUGGAUCGAUUGCUUUAGUCGAGGGUUGGUUCACUGCUUUGUAUCGAUUGAGAACCUCAUUCGAUAGAGGGAAUCUAGUUCAGAAAUCAGAACGCCUUGAUCGGUUGUUCUAGAGAAGGAUACGUCCCUCUAGGCAAUUGACUCAAGAGGGCCUUGUUCCUUUAGUCGAGACUCAAGGGCUAGACAAGGAUUCUCCACAUUGUGAAUGAAAGUGAAACAAGUUAGAAAUCAUCAAUCGUUAAUCUGGCUAGUGGCUAGGGGGAAUCAUACCUAAGUGAGUUCCCAACCUGUAAUUAGAUUAACUUUAACUGUAGUUUGCUAGAGUAGUUUUAGUUCUUUCAUCUUAAUCUGGUUUGCUAAAUAAUAAACUGAAGCUGAGUAAUAGUAACUCUAGAGACCCGUGGAUUCGAUAUUUAUCACUUGAGCCACUAUACUGCAGUCCCUUUCAUUGGUUACACUUGGCCUUUCUUAGGAGUUGUGUCAUAGCGAGUCAUGUUUUUGGCACCGUUGCCGGGGACUUUCUAGAGUAUUAGGAAAGGCAGAAGUUUGUUACUUUAGCGUUUUUCUUUUCUUUUCUUUUCCACCCUUGCUUUUCACUUGGGUGCUUUUGUUUUUGUUGGUGCAGAUAUGAAUCAUGGAUCCUCAUGGCUUCUUCAACAAUUGGGGGUAUCCACCACCACCCGAGUGGUAUGACCCCGAGACUCCCUGGAGCAAUCAAGGAGGAGAAGACUAUGGAUUCGGGUUCCAGUACCAACCCCCUUACUACGGAGAACAACCAGACCCCUGGGCAUAUCAAGAACAACCUCAUUACCAAGAAGAAUUUCUCCCACAACUAGAAGGGCCAUCGGCGCUGGAGUUACCCAUGGCGGCCUUCACGGGCCAUUCUGCAGAGCCAUGCUACACUCCACAACCAGAUCCAAACUAUGAAUUGAGGCUUCUCAUGGAACAGUUUGCUCGAGACAGUGAGAGAACAUGCUCCAGGAUGGAUCAUUGUGUCCAGGCCUAUCGUGAAACAGAGGAGAUCCUCCUGAGCCUUAAGAAGAGCGUCGAUGAUCUUGAGCGAUCUUGUGCACAACCUGCUCCCGAUCACCCUUCUGCUACCAUACUAGAAGAGGAGGAGGAAGAAGAAGGCUACAAGGACAUUGUGGAGCACACUAAAGUUGUCAUGGAGAGCUCCCGUGAUGAUCAUGAUCAGGAAUGUCCUGUCAUAGCCGACCACACCUUCCCACAUCCCAAACUGAGCUUUGAAGAGGCGGGCAUGAGUGAGGAGAUGCAAGAAGAUCUCAUGAAAGAAAUUGCUUGGCAGCUUGCUCUCCAAUCCCUGCUAGAAGAAGAAGAGCAAGAAAGGGUGCAUAAAGAAGUUGUGGAGGAUGACGAAAGUGAAGCAGAAGGAGUUCUUGAUCAUUUCCCAGGGGUGAUACCACAUGAAGAAGAAAGGGAGGCUGAAGAAGCAAUUGGCGUCCAGGCUGAGGACGAAGUUAAGGUGGAAGAGGCCUGCACCGGCCAUGAGUUACAUGUGAUAACUCCACCAGACUUCAAGGAACUGCUUAGCAAGGACCCAUUUGCAGUGUCUCUUUGCCAGACCAAGGCCACAUCAACAUCGGUCCCUCUUGGUGGACGCGAUGGUGGCAAAUCGAUGCUGUCAUAUCUGGUUCGGGGCAAUGAGACGAGAGAAGAGAGGAAGAGGUCUCGAGGGUGGAGACUUCAUCUGCAUCAAGUGCACGAGCUUCCAUCACUUGUCAUACCACAUGCUCGUGAUUUGAGACUCCACCUCAUUGACGAGAACCUCAACUUCAAGGAGGUUUUGGGGUGGACCGAAACUUAGGAGCCAUCGUCCGGCUCACGACGUGAAAGAAGCGCUUGUUGGGAGGCAACCCAACUAGUCGGUUUGCAUUUCUUUCCCUAUUUCUCUUCGGUUGAGUCAGUUUUGUUCUUUGAUUUUAGAGUCAAUAACUCAACCUUUUUGAG